AUGGUCCUCCCAACCGAGGAAGAGAAGGAGAGAGAAGCCACCGAAGGCCAAGAUGCCCAAGUUGUUUAUGGUCGUAUUAGAGAUAUUGUUAGGAUUCUUGGUGAUUUCCGUAGAUUUAAAGCUGCUAACAGAAGUCGGGCGGAUUACACCCAACAACUCAUUGCUGAUAUCUCAUCAUACUACGGUUACACACCUUUCUUAGCAGAAAAGCUUUUCUCAAUGUUCAGCCCUGAUGAGGCAGUUGCGUUCUUCGACGCGAAUGAGACACCACGUCCAGUCACGAUUAGAGCCAACACACUCAAAACACGUAGAAGGGAUCUUGCACAGGCGCUCAUCAACCGUGGUGUCUCCCUUGAACCGAUCGGAAAAUGGACCAAGGUUGGUCUCCAAAUAUUCGAUUCAAACGUUCCAGUUGGUGCGACACCUGAAUACCUAGCUGGGCACUAUAUGUUACAAUCACCAUCAUCAUUCUUGCCAGUCAUGGCUUUAGAUCCACAGCCAAAUGAGCGUGUGCUCGAUAUGGCUAGUGCACCAGGUGGUAAAACGAGUUACAUGUCAGCCUUGAUGCAAAAUACCGGUGUUGUAUUCGCAAAUGAUGCCAACGCUGCUAGAACUAAAAGUUUGAGUGCUAAUGUUCACAGACUGGGUUGUAAGAACGUCGUCGUUUGUACCCAUGAUGGUAGACAAUUCCCAAAGGUUAUUGGUGGAUUCGAUAGAGUUCUCUUGGAUGCUCCAUGUAGUGGUACAGGUGUUGUCAGCAAGGAUCAGAGUGUCAAGGUUAACAAGACUGAACGUGACUUUGCUUUGCUUUCCCACCUUCAAAAGCAACUUAUUUUAUGUGCAAUUGAUUCUAUUAACACGAAAUCAGCUACAGGUGGUUUCGUAGUCUAUUCCACUUGUUCAGUAACAGUUGAUGAAGACGAGGGUGUCGUUGACUACGCUUUGAAGAAGAGACCAAAUGUUAAACUAGUUGAUACUGGGUUAGAAUUUGGUGUUGAAGGAUUCACCAACAUUGGCGGCAAACAGUUCCACAAGGAUAUGCACUUGACGAGACGUUUCUACCCACACGUGCACAACAUGGAAGGUUUCUUUGUUUCUAAGCUCCAAGUUCUUCCACGUUCAGUUUUAAAGAACAAGCUGCAGCAGGCUGAGGAGAAAGAAGAGAACGACGAGCGUCUCGAAGAGGAUGACAAUGAGGCUGGUGCUGAUGUUACAUUCAACGAUGAUGAAGACAAAGCACUGAUGGAGAGUGAGUAUUUUACACUGACGAGAAACUGUUUAACAAAGACACAGAAAACCAACGCCGCCAACAAAAAGCUAGAGGUAUCAAGCCACAGCAACCUAAAACCAAGUAAUUUAUUUUUUCGUCUGCUUUUAUACAUUAGAGAUUUUACCUGA